AUGAGUAAACAGGGUGUCAAAUAUAGCUCUCCAACAAAGCAACAACAGAGUUAUAGAGCUGGCUCCCCUCAGAUACCCACAAUUAACACUUCAAGAGAAACUUUAACUAGAAGAAUAUGGAUAAGGAGACCAGAAGGAAAUCCAACUUCACUGUAUGUGAAGGAAACAGACUUGAUUGAUGAUUUAAAAACUCUGAUUAUGCAAAAAUUUCCACUGACAUUAUCAAAAGCGUGUGAUCCAGCUGACUUGAUCAUUAGACUUGAACCAUCUUUGGGAACUAAUUCACCAAGUUAUUUCCUCUCCCCUUCAAAUCCAAAAUUUCCACAACCAAUAAGUGCUGGAGCUAAUAGUGCUUCUAGUGCAGGAUAUUCACCUUCUUUCAACUCACCAAUCUCUCCUAUUCCAGUAUCAGCUACAAAACAUUCAUCUUUAAUACCUCAAAAACCUCCAACGCUAAAUGAUUUUUCAAAUUUAUCAAUCAAGAGUAAUUCACCUAUAAACAUUGCAUUGGAAGCUGAUAGACCAAUUUGGAAUAUCUUGGAUCAAUACUAUCCAAAUGGAAUGAGUAUGGAUAAUGCUUUCAUAAUUGAUGUGCCUCAUUCCCAUUUGAUAAAGGAUGAUGAAAUUGCCUAUUUACACUCUUCCAGAAGAAUGAACUCGUUACCUACUCAAUCGCCUUUGAGCAUACGCUCCACUCCAACAUCAUACCAUAGAAGAUCGCAAUCAAACCCACCGGACCAUAGUUCAGCCGUUCUUCUUUUGCCAAAAGAUUUUUCAGCCUUGAACGAAACGGUUAGAAAGGCCAACAAUGAAUCAUCAAACUCCAAGUCAGACUCUGUUUAUUCUUUGGAUAGAACAAUUUCACCAUCAACUAGCGACACCACUUUACAUCCAACAAUGUCACAACAAGCUCCGCUUCUACCUCAAACUUCUUCAUCAUCACCACAACAUGCUGCACCAUUGACACCAUUUCCAAGGGCGGAAUCGGCAAAUUCGAUGAAGAAGAAGGAUGAAAACAGUACUAUGGCCAAGGUGUUACCUAGUGUUAACGUGCUAAUCGUUGAAGAUAACUUGAUUAAUCUAAGGAUUUUGUCUGCACAUUUGCGAAGACAUAAGAUUCAUUAUGACAUUGCUAAAAAUGGUCAAGAAGCUAUCGAUAAAUGGAGAACUGGUGGGUUCCAUUUGGUUUUAAUGGAUAUUCAAUUACCUGUCAUGUCUGGUCUUGGUGCUUCCAAAGAAAUUCGUCGUUUGGAGAAGAUUAAUAGAAUUGGUGUCUUUGCAAAUUCUGAUUUACAAAACAUGGAACCUAAAAAACCAGAGGAUCAAUUAGAUUUGAACGUUUUCAGAUCUCCUGUUAUCAUUGUGGCAUUGACUGCAAGUACAAUGAAACAAGAUAAACAACAAGCUUUAGCUGCUGGUUGUAAUGAUUAUCUAACGAAGCCUGUGAAUCUUGAUUGGUUGUUAAAUAAAAUCACAGAAUGGGGGUGUAUGCAGGCUUUAAUUGAUUUUGAUGGUUGGAAAUCUGGUGAAAGAAUGACAAAUAUAUCAGCAGCUAUUCCUACACUGACUAGAAAAAGAUCAUCUAGUAGAAGGAUUCAUUCCCAUGAAAUAAGUGCACAGGGUUAUUGA